GAUGGGCGGGAGCUGAGACGUCAGGAGGAUAAUAUCGGCUGAGAGAUCCACGGGUGUCGCCUCACUUUCCAGGGAUGGAGAUGACGGAUGAGACGUGGGAAAACGGCAGCCUUGCCAGCCCCUCCCCGGGACUCCCCCUGUUCCUUCUCAUGUUCAACAACAGCGAUCUGAAUUUUACGCUGUUCAACGACACCAACUCCACUGCUGCGCCCAUCUUCUCGGGCCCCAGCGUGGCCGGGGUCCUCAUACCGCUCAUAUACAUAAUCGUGUGUGUCAUCGGCCUGGGUGGAAACACUCUGGUGAUUCACAUUGCGCUGCACUACUCGAAGAUACAGUCAGUGACCAACAUCUACAUCGUCAACUUAGCCAUCGCCGAUGAGCUCUUUAUGCUUGGUUUGCCUUUCCUGGCGGUGCAGAACACGAUGCAGUCGUGGCCAUUUGGCUCCUUCAUGUGCCGCCUGGUGAUGACCGUCGAUUCCAUCAACCAGUUCACGAGCAUAUUCUGCCUGACAGUGAUGAGCAUUGACCGAUACCUCGCCGUAGUGCACCCCAUUCGCUCAUCAAAGUGGCGCCGACCUCAAGUGGCCAAAAUGGUGAAUGGCACCGUGUGGGCUCUUUCAUUUCUCGUCGUUAUGCCUGUGGUGAUCUUUGCCAACAUUCAGAAGGGGGGUGGUACGUGUAACAUCGACUGGCCCGAACCGGCGAACAUAUGGAGCGCGGCUUUCAUCAUUUACACCUUUACAAUCGGAUUCUUCUGCCCUCUUCUUAUCAUCUGCCUGUGCUACUUGCUCAUCGUCUUUAAAAUCCGGAGCUCUGGAAAAAAAGUCCAUGCCACCUCCACCAAACGGAGGAAGUCUGAGAGAAAGGUGACGCGCAUGGUUGUGAUUGUCGUAGCCGUUUUUGUGUUCUGUUGGCUGCCCUUCUACGGCCUUAACAUCAUCAACCUGCUCGUGUCCCUGCCCCCUGAGUACCAUGGGCUUUACUAUUUUGUCGUUGUGCUUGGCUACGCCAACAGCUGUGCCAACCCUAUUGUCUAUGGCUUUCUAUCAGACAACUUCAAGAGGGGUUUCAGGAAAGCCCUGUGCCGCUCCACGAGAAAAGUGGAGAACCACGAGCCAAUGGAGCCUCAGCCGGAGCAGAAGGAGGGCAGGGCGGGGCUCAAGCCCAGGGAGAGCCUGAGAAGGGGUCUCAGACAAGUGGAGUACGAAGAAGUGGAAGACAUUUCGGAAAUGACUGAGAUCUACAGAAUCGGCCAAAACGGCAACAGCAGCUUUCAGCCUGAGAGCACACAGCCGCUGUUGUCCGAUAAAGCAGCAACUCCGGGAGCAACGGAUCUGUCAAGCCCGGACAGGAGGGGCAAAUCUGGGGAUGUGAAGGGAAAAGAUUCUGCCAACGGCUCCACACUGACUGUACCGCUACUUCUCAACGGAAACCAAAAUGGCAGCGUUAAACCUCUGCCAGAGGACGACUUGGAACAGAGCGCUUCACUGUAAAUAAGCUACUUAUAGUAAGGGCCGUAUGUAACAGUAUUAAGAGACAGUUUGUAUAAAAGAAUACACAUAUAUAUAUAUAUAAAGUAAACUUUAGAAACACUCA